CUGGGCUCUCCCCCAUGCUAGGGAUGCUGCUACUGUUGGUCUUAAUCUGGGAGGGGUCUCUGUGCCAGAUCAUAAGAUAUGAGACCCAGAAGCGGCCUGCGGUGACUGUGAUGGAGGGGAUGUGUGCCCGGGUACCCUGCAACAUCUCCUCCCCUCCAGAAUAUAUCCCCAAGGUCUCCCCAGGGUAUGGCUACUGGUUUAGGGAAGGGGCUUAUAAAAAAUAUGACAAGCUUGUGGCCACAAACGACCCAGAUCGGGAGGUGGAAGCAGAAGUGGAGGGCCGAUUCCACCUUCUAGGGAAUCCCGGGAUGGACAACUGUUCCCUGAGCAUCACCGAGACCCGGAAAGCUGACAGUGGGCAAUAUUACUUCUGGAUGAAGAGAGAGGGACAAGCGAACAGCACUCACCUGAAACUGGUGGUUUAUGUGACCGUAACAGAUGCUGUGAAGAGUGUGCCCACCACCACCUCCCAGGAUAACAGGACAAUAGUCUUCUCUGCCCAGGAGAACAGCUCCUGGCCACUGAUGUUCACCCUGCUGAGGGGAGCACUCAUGGGGGCCGGCUUCUUCCUCACCUAUGGCCUGACAUGGCUCUAUUACACCCGGAAGCCCCCAGGGAAGUGCACCCACUAGCACCUGAAGCAGCCCCCUCGUCUGUGGGACAGCCCUGCUUCUGGCCUUGGACCCAGCCAAGACCUGCCUCCUGCACCUGCCACUCAGGGGCCCCAGUUGUGCCCUCAGGGACCAAGCAAGGCCAGCCUGACCCACCAGCUUCAGGCCCACCCUCCAGUACUAAAGAGAGUUCUCUGGUCUCCCCUGGGCCUUCUCUCCUCCCUCUGAACAGCCCCAGGCCCUUCCCCUCAUUGGCCUAUGGCAUGACCUCCAGGCCUUUGUCCAGCCUGCUCCCCCUCCUCUCAUUGCUCCCCAGGUGAUCACUGUCCCUCCUGAAUCCUGGUGCCCAGAAGGGAACACAGCUGUCCAGCUGUGCUGGAUCAGAUCCAGGACAAGGGGACCCCCCCCCCUUCAGUCCAGGCACAGGCCUCUUUGAAUGCAGCCUGGGACUGAGGGAGCCUGGGGCUGCCAUGUUUCUCAGCUGAGUCUUCCUGGGCUUGGAGUCUCCCCAACCUGCCCCAGCUGGGCUGGACUCCCCAUUGUCUGCCCCCUCAGCCUCCUCUCUCCCAGCUCAGGGCCUUGGGCCCUCAGACCCUUUAGGUCUAGAUGGUCCUCCCCAGGCCUGCUGAGCUGCUGAGUGGUCACUUGUCCUGCUCAGGGGAAGCAGUGUGGUUUGGGGCUAGAGGCCUGGUCCUGAGCCAGGAAGGCCAAGGGUGGAACCCUCCAGGGAGGUGACA